AUGGCGCGCACAGUUGAUCCAUGGAAUGCUUGUCUGAACACGCCUCUCCAAGAGGACGAUAAAGAAAUUUAUGACUUGAUUCAGAAGGAAAAAUAUAGACAAUACUCUGGAUUGGAAUUAAUAGCUUCAGAGAACUUUACCUCACUUGCAGUAAUGGAAGCAAACGGUUCUCCCUUAACCAACAAAUACUCUGAAGGACUCCCCGGAGCCCGUUAUUACGGCGGUAACGAAUACAUCGACCAAAUCGAAAACCUCUGUCGUAAACGAGCGUUGGAAGCCUUUCAUCUGAAUCCGUCCGAAUGGGGUGUGAAUGUCCAACCGUAUUCGGGGAGCACAGCCAACUUUGCUACUUUGACCGCCUUACUACAACCACAAGAUCGUCUUAUGGGAUUAGAUCUUCCAUCAGGCGGACAUUUGACCCAUGGCUGGCAAACGGCAAAGAGAAAGGUUUCAUCAUCUUCAAUUUAUUUCCAAUCAAUGCCGUACAGAGUAAACGGAGACACUGGGUUGAUCGAUUACGAUAAAUUAGAAGAAAAUGCUCAAUUGUUCCGUCCAAAACUCAUCAUCUGUGGUGCAAGUGCAUACGCACGAGAUUGGGACUAUGCUCGUCUUCGUAGAAUCGCCGAUCAACACGGUGCUUAUGUUAUGGCCGAUAUAGCGCACAUAAGUGGUCUUGUGGCUAGUGCAGAGGCCAACGAUCCGUUCACGUUCUGUGAUGUCGUAACUACCACUACUCACAAAACUCUCCGUGGUCCUCGCGCUGGGUUGGUUUUCUUUCGUAAGAACAAGGACGAGCUUGAAACCCGCGUGAAUGGUGCAGUUUUUCCGUCAUGUCAAGGUGGACCACAUAAUAACACCAUUGCAGCAAUUGCUGUUGCAUUGAAGCAGGUGGCAACCCCUGAAUUUAAGCAGUAUGCCAAGCAGGUUAGAGCUAAUGCCAAGGCAUUGGGUGAAGCAUUGACUGGCUAUGGAUACAAGUUGGUAACCGGUGGGACAGAUAAUCACUUGGUGCUUUGGGAUUUGAGACCUUUAAAUUUGACCGGAAAUAAGCUCGAGAAGAUUUGUGAUAUGGCAAAUAUCACGAUCAACAAGAACUCCAUACAUGGAGAUGUCAGUAUGCUCUCUCCAGGUGGAGUGCGAUUGGGUACACCUGCAUUAACAUCAAGAAGCUUUAAAGAACAAGAUUUCAUCAAGGUUGCCGAAUACCUGCACCGGGCUGUACAAAUAUCGGUUGCAGUACAGGAGAAGGCGGGUAACAAUUCGAUGAAGGACUUUGUAGCAGCCCUUCAGGAUAACAAUGACAUUCCAGCACUCAAGAAAGAAGUAGAGGAUUUCUCCACAAGCUUUCCCAUGCCAGGAUUUGACCCAAAUACUAUUGCGACAACUGUUGAAUAG